AGAGCACGGCGAGGACUCGACCGCGGAAAGUUGGCGCUCCCGUCGCUUCCCGCGCGUUCUGGGGCGCCCCCUCCCACUCGAGCGCCACGUGCCGCGCGCCCCCCGCUCCCGGGCCGCGGCGGGAUGCCCCCGCCCCCACCGCAGCGCGCAGUGCGCAGGCGCCUUCCCGCGGGUCCCGGCGGCGGGAGCGGGAGCGGGAGGCGGCGGCGGCGGGAGCGGCUUCUGCCUCGGCUGGAGACUGAGGCGAAGGCGGCAGCGGCGGAGGAGGUGGAGGAGAGGCGAGGGUGAAGGCGAAGGCGAUGGCGACGCUGGGCACAUGAGGCCGCGGCCGGCGGGACGGGCCGAGGCCCGGCGGAGGAGGCGGCUCCGGGGGAACCCGCCGCCGGAGGGAAUCUGGAAAAAUUGCAAUCAAAACAUCAUUUCUCUAAGAAAAUUGUGGGUAACAGAAGCUCUGGACAACAGGGCAUACCAAUUCAAUCACCAUGAGUUGGAGCUUCCUGACUCGCCUGCUAGAGGAGAUUCACAACCAUUCCACAUUUGUGGGGAAGAUCUGGCUCACUGUUCUGAUUGUCUUCCGGAUUGUCCUUACAGCUGUAGGAGGAGAAUCCAUCUAUUACGAUGAGCAAAGCAAAUUUGUGUGCAACACAGAACAGCCGGGCUGCGAGAAUGUCUGCUAUGAUGCGUUUGCACCCCUCUCCCAUGUACGCUUCUGGGUGUUCCAGAUCAUCCUGGUGGCAACUCCCUCUGUGAUGUACCUGGGUUAUGCUAUCCACAAGAUUGCCAAAAUGGAGCACGGUGAAGCAGACAAGAAGGCGGCUCGGAGCAAGCCCUAUGCAAUGCGCUGGAAACAACACCGGGCUCUAGAAGAAACGGAGGAGGAUAACGAAGAGGAUCCUAUGAUGUAUCCAGAGAUGGAGUUAGAAAGUGAUAAAGAAAAUAAAGAGCAGAGCCAACCCAAACCUAAGCAUGAUGGCCGACGACGGAUUCGGGAAGAUGGGCUCAUGAAAAUCUAUGUGCUGCAGUUGCUGGCAAGGACCGUGUUUGAGGUGGGUUUUCUGAUAGGGCAGUAUUUUCUAUAUGGCUUCCAAGUCCACCCGUUUUAUGUGUGCAGCAGACUUCCUUGCCCUCAUAAGAUAGACUGCUUUAUUUCUAGACCCACUGAAAAGACCAUCUUCCUUCUGAUAAUGUAUGGUGUUACAGGCCUUUGCCUCUUGCUUAACAUUUGGGAGAUGCUUCAUUUAGGGUUUGGGACCAUUCGAGACUCACUAAACAGUAAAAGGAGGGAACUUGAGGAUCCGGGUGCUUAUAAUUAUCCUUUCACUUGGAAUACACCAUCUGCUCCCCCUGGCUAUAACAUUGCUGUCAAACCAGAUCAAAUCCAGUACACCGAACUAUCCAAUGCUAAGAUCGCCUACAAGCAAAACAAGGCCAACACAGCCCAGGAACAGCAGUAUGGCAGCCAUGAAGAGAACCUCCCAGCUGACCUGGAGGCUCUGCAGCGGGAGAUCAGGAUGGCUCAGGAACGCUUGGAUCUGGCAAUUCAGGCCUACAGUCACCAAAACAACCCUCAUGGUCCCCGGGAGAAGAAGGCCAAAGUGGGGUCCAAAGCUGGGUCCAACAAAAGCACUGCCAGUAGCAAAUCAGGGGAUGGGAAGACCUCCGUCUGGAUUUAAUCCUGGCGGGCUUAAAACCUGUGCUUUUCAUAGUUUAUGGUAAGCAGCAGCUCACUGAAUAAUGACUUCCAUUGAGUAAACAUUUGGCUCUGGUUAUCUUCAGGGAUGCUGUUGGCUCAUGAUCCAAGCUCAGGGGACUCUGGAGGCGGGGCUGGGCUGAGGGGGAGAAACGGAAACACAGUGUUCCUGGGCACAUGUUCUUAGCAAUAAUACAGUUGCAGAACUUUACAUUUGUGUCUUCCAGAUCUGGAGAAGAACAGACAUAUUUAAAUCAUUCUUGUUGAACAGUUUUUGUAUGUACAGUAUUAUGGUACUUUUUUUUUAGUAUGAGAACUUUUUUUGUAUUUGUACAUUGAACUGCUGUAGUUAUACUUUUAUAUUAAAGGGGAAAAAGUCCUUAUAAGUAAUGCCUAUUAGGCUAGUGCUAUUACUUUGUUCAGCAAAUUCUACCCUGGCUUUAGAGUUUUUAAUAGAUGCUACACCUAAUAAAAGUGCCUCUCAUAUUGCAGGAAUGAUUUCAGAUGUGUAAGGAGACUGAAGAGGAGAUACCAGUUUUUAGUCUUGGAAAGCAAGUUCACAGUAUAAGGAGGUUGAGAGCUUUCUUUUACAUGAGAAAUCUUUGAAUCUCAUUCAUGCAAUCAGAGUUGUAGCCAGUUUUUGAAAACCUUAUUUUCAAAGGAAAUAAAUGAUUCACUGUAGGAUUCCUUUAAAUAUCAAGCAUCACCAGUAUAUGCUUUGACGGUGUGUGUAUAUAACUUAAAGUUCUUUCAAAAACUUGCUACAGAAAUGUGUCCCCAGUUUGGUAGCAAUGUGGAAAACUUGGCUUGAGAUGAUGUGGAGCUGUACCCUCAGAAAACAAAGCCAUGCCUGGAAUCCCUAAUAGGAUGCUUAGUUGUGAACCUGUUUGAGUUGCCUUAAACCUCUAUCCAGAAACCUGCCUGCUUCUCUCCCUCUGGUUAAGAAGCCAGUGGUGAAUAUUUUCUUUGUUAACAUUAGAAAUGCAAACAUUCCUUUGUCAACCAAGAAUACUCAAAGCUACUUGUAUUGGAAAUGGCAGAAGGCUUAAAUCCAAAUUUCUUUUUUAUAAUUUACCACAGAACUUUUGUGAUUAAACAAAUUCGGCCAGUGGAGGUUUAUACCUGAAAGGUCAUGGGGUCCUCUCUGUAAAUAGACCUAAAGAGAAGUGCAGUAUUUAUUCCUUGUAGGCAUAAUGUGUUUGUCACUGACAAGCAUUCAUGUUCAUCCCACUAGUCUUUUAUCGUCAUUUUCAACCUUAUGUUGCAGAGCUUUGCUUUCUCAUCAUGUUCUCAUUGUCUUAAAUUUUGUGAGCUUCUGAGAAAGAGCUUGGUAAAGGUUUAAAGGGGCCUUCGUUCCACCAGGGAGCAUUUUAUUUGUGCGUCUCACCCUUUUCUAACGAAAGCUAUUGUAAGCCACCUCUGACUUGGAAAUUCUGAAAGUAUGAAUAUUUUUUAUAUCUUAAUUGUAAAAUGCCAGUUCUCCAUUAUUUAGAUGAACACUAGAACACUGCACCCUUUGUGCAGUGUUUUUCUUUGUUUCUGCAUUGCAUUCCUACCCCCACCAAGAAAAUAAACUUAAGGAAAUUUUUUUUGAGGCAGGGUCUCCCUCUUUCACCCAGGCUGGAGUGCAGCAGCAUGAUCUCAGCUCACUGCAGCCUCUGCCUUCCAGGCUCAAGCGAUCAUUCUACUUCAGCCCCCUGAUUAGCUGGGACUACAGGCAUGUGCCACCAUACUCGGCUAAUUCUUUAAAAAAAUUUUUUUUUUGUAGAGAUGAGGUCUCACUAUGUUGCCCAGGCUGGUCUCGAACUUUUGGGUUCAAGUGAUCCUCCUGCCUCAGCCUCUCAAAGUGUUAGUAUUAUAGGCAUGAGCCACCAUGCCCAGCCUAGAAAAUUUAGCCUUAUCUUUUAGCCAUUCAUUUACUUUUAUUUGCUUAAAAAAAAAAAAAAAAAAAAAAAAAAAAAAUUUUAGCCCAGAGAAGCACCUCAGGAACUCUAAACAUCUUAAGCAAAAAUUAAACUCAAAGGAGACUGAAGGAGAAGUUUCAGAAAGUAAUACACAUGUAUAUCAUGGGUAAUUAAUAGACAUGCACAGCUUCCUUCAAAUCAAAUGCUUAAUAAGGAAAUUCAUAUAAUUCCAAGAAAACAGGCAAAAUUUUGAAUACAUAAGCCUAGGUAAGAUAAAGAACUGCCAGUUAAUUCUUACGUCAGUGGAGCUUCAAGCAGGUUUUUUAAUUGAAGGACAAAACAUGUCCAUACAUUUGUGUUAUCUAUUCAGAGCCUGAGGGAGAAGAGAGUGGUUUUGCCAGUGGAAAGGUUGGGGAUUUGAGAAUGAUACAGAGGGAAGGAGUCAAGCAGAAAUGCCAGGAAGAACCAGGCAAAGACAUUUGGCGCCAGAAGCAUCCACUUAGUUUCUAUGAAGAGUGCCCCUGGUGUUUCAUCUUGGCCUGUUCUGAUGAGAAUGUUACCUUUUGUGUCUGGAUAACUCGUUAGCUUCUUAAAGUACAUAUAAAGAUACUCUGUCACCUCCCCACAUGCACACACUUUUAAAAUCUAUUUUUAUUCUCUUGCUAAAGUUGUAAUUAUGUCAAGAAUUUUCUAGCUCUAACUGCCUUCUUAGUACAUAUCUUUCUCCCUUUAAAGCAUAUGAGUUUGCCAAAGUCAUUUUCCCCUAAUGACAUAUUGUAAACUUACAUCAAGAAAAUGGGCCAGGCGUGGUGGCUCAUGCCUGUAAUCCCAGCAUUUUAGGAGGCCCAGGCUGGCGGAUCACCUGAGGUCAGGAGUUCAAGACCAGACUGGCCAACGUGGUGAAACUCCGUCUCUACUAAAAAUACAAAAAUUAGCCAGACGUGCUGGGUGGACGCCUGUAAUCCCACCUACUUGGGAGGUUGAGGCAGAAGAAUUGCUUGAACCCAGGAGGCAGAGGUUGCAGUGAGCUGAGAUCACACCAUUUCACUCCAGCCUGGAAGACAGAGUGAGACUCUGUCUCAAAAAAGAAAGAAAAUGAGCCUAUUCAUGUCUGCCUAACCCAUUGGUGGGGUCUGCAUUGAAUCUCUGUAUUGUUCUGAAACAUGCAGGUGGGGUUUGUAUAAAAAGCCUGUCCAACAUUGAGUUCCCCACCCCAUCAGAAUCAUAGUGUUUUGAAUUGCCAUAUAAGACACGCUCCAUCAUGACACUUGCUUCUACUCCAAAUAUAAGUUGAGUUCUUAGUCCUUCACCUGCUAGAAUCAGGAUACAAUCGACAUGAUUAUGUUCCUUAACACACUUUGAUUUAUGCAGAUGUGGUGUGUCCUUUGCUCUUCAUUUUUCUCUUAAGACGGAGUCUUGCUCUUGUCGCCCAGGCUGGAAUGCAGUGGCGUGAUUUCAGCUCACUGCAACCUCCGCCUCCUGGGUUCAAGCGAUUCUCCUGCCUCAGCCUCCCGAGCAGCUAGGAUUACAGGCACUGUCAUCAUACCCGGCUAAAUUUUUUUGUAUUUUUAGUAGAGACAGGGCUUCACCAUGUUGGCCAGGCUGGUCUUGAACUCCUGAUAUUGUGAUCUGCCCACCUCAGCUUCCCAAAGUGCUGGGAUUACAGGCAUGAGCCACCGUGCCCAGCCUGCUCUUCUUAAAACCCGUUAUUCAGAAGAGAUUUGUAAAAGAAAUGCGCCUUUUUUUUUUUUUGGUUAAUUCAAACUUGAGGGGAAAAUUAGAUAGCAUUUUCCCCUAAAGAAAUGUUAAUGUUCAUUUUGUGGCUUUGUUUUUGCUUAUUUAGUUUUGCCUGUUUCUUUAUGUGUUCAUUUAAAGCCACAAGUAUGUUACAUCAUUUUAAGUCAGUUUUUCUGGGGAUUUUCCUCGACUAAUGUCUAUAGAAUUAUUUACUCUUGAUACAAAUGAACUUUGCCAUCCAGAAUGAUUCUCAGUUUCGGACUUCCACUUAAUGUGUUUUUUUUUUUUUGGAAGGACAUCUGUAUCUUUAAAGGG